CGUUAACCUACCUGCCUGAAUACAUGGCUCGAAUGGCGUCGUGUGGUGUAUAGGAGAGCUAAUAAGUAAGCUGUUGAGUGCUAUUAGUGAAGACGGUUGUUUCGCGCCGCCUGCUUGAAGCUAUUGAAACCCUGCAGCAGCGGGUCCCGAUCGCUAGCGUGCAAGCUAGCGCAAAAUGUCGAACUUCAUCGAAUCGGAAGCGGAGGAGAGCGAGGAUGAGGAGGAGCUGACCUCAGCAGAACGCAAAAAGUUGAAGCGUGCGAAGAAAAUGGAUGAUAGCUCUGAAGAGGAGGAAGAUGAUGAUGAAAGGCUGAGGGAAGAGCUGAAGGAUCUUAUUGAUGACAGAGAAAUUGAGAGUGGUGAAGAUUCGGAUGCAUCCGGAGGUGAAAAACGGAAGAAAAGCGAUGAUGAGGAAUAUGACGACCGACUUGAAGAUGAAGAUUAUGACCUCAUUGAGGAGAACUUGGGUGUCAAAGUGGAAAGAAGAAGAUUCAAACGGUUGCGACGAAUACAAGAUGAAGAAAGUGACAAUGAAGAUGAUGCUGACCAGAGUCAAGAUCGCGACGCGAUUGCCAUGGAGAUAUUCUCCGAGGAUGAUAAAGAUGAAACACAGGAUGACGAGAGGCGGUCUGAGCGUAGCCAUGCGCCUGUUCAAGAGCCUGACCAUUUCGGCGAAGAGGAAGACGAGGGAGAGUAUUCGGACACGGAUGAUUUUAUCGUUGACGACGAUGGUCGGCCAAUUGCUGACAAGAAGAAGAAACGCAAACCUAUAUUCACCGAUGCCGCUUUGCAAGAAGCACAGGAGACGUUCGGCGUUGAUUUUGACUAUGAUGAGUUCUCCAAGUAUGAACAAGACGACUACGAGGAUGAAGAAGACGAGGAGGACGAGUACGUGGAUGAAGACGAUGAAGUGCGCCGGCAGCGACCGAAGAAAGCAGCGCGACAGAAGCCGACACGCAAAUCUAUUUUCGAAGUGUACGAACCAAGCGAGCUGAAACGCGGUUUCUUCACCGACCAGGAUAAUGAGAUUCGUAACACCGAUAUUCCUGAGCGCAUGCAGUUGCGUGAGGUGCCGCUGACAUCCGUGCCGGAGGACUCCACCGAAUUAGACGACGAGGCUGAAUGGAUCUACAAGCAGGCCUUCUGUAAGCCGCCCGUGUCGAACCAGAACGCCGACUUGAGUGCGGAGGCACGCGAACGUCAGAAAAAAGGCCCGCAGACGAUCGGGAAAAUCCGCAAAGCUUUGGACUUCAUGCGCAACCAGCAUCUUGAGGUGCCCUUCAUUGCCUUCUACCGCAAGGAGUACGUGCAGCCUGAACUCAAUAUAUCCGACCUGUGGAAAGUUUACAAAUUUGACGCCAAAUGGUGUCAACUGCGUUCGCGCAAACAAAACCUCCUCACUCUCUUUGAGAAAAUGCGGUCGUACCAGCUGGAUCAGUUGAUGAAGAACCCUGACGCACCUAUUCCAGAUAACGUACGUGUCAUGAAGGACUCGGACGUAGAACGGCUGCGCAAUGUUCAAACACAAAAGGAAUUACAAGAUUUGUACAAUCAUUUUAUUUUGUACUAUGGCGGAGAUCUGCCCGGUAUGCAUGCUGCGUGGCGUGCUAAGGAACGAGAGGCACGCCGUGCGGAAAAACGACAGGCACGUCUCAACCGGCUGGAUGCCGAUGAGGCGGAGGCUCCCGAAGAUGUCGAUGAUGAGCCGGAUGAUCAGGAACCGGAGAAGCUCAAGUAUGCCAACCGCUCUAGCAACUACGUGUUGUGUAUGCGUGCUGGUCUGGAUGGUCUGGCUAAGAAAUUCGGUCUUUCACCGGAGCAUUUCGCUGAGAAUGUGCGUGACAACUAUCAGCGUCACGAGGUGGAGCAAGAGUGCAUUGAUCCGAUGGAACUCGCCAAGGAAUACGUGUGUGCUAACUUUCCUACUGUGGAAGAGGUUCUGCAGGCAGCAAAACUUAUGGUUUCAAUGCAGCUGGCCGGUGAGCCUCUCUUACGCAAAACUAUGCGUGAGGUUUUCUACGAACGCGCCAAGAUCACCAUUAGGCCGACUAAGAAGGGUCUGAAGGUGAUAGACGAGUCGCACAACUGCUACAGCAUGAAAUAUGUGAAGAGUAAGCCAGUGCGUGAUCUUGUGCAUGAGCAGUUUCUCAAGUUGUCCAUGGCUGAGGAGGACAAAUUAAUCACAAUCACCUUCGACGAGCACAUCGAGGGUAACACCAGCGGUUCAUACCUUGACGAAGCGAAGCAGCUGUACAUUAAGGACGAGUUCAGCAAGAACGUGCAGGAUUGGAACGCAUUGCGGCUGGAAUGCGUAGAGCGCGCUGUCUUGCGCUAUGUUCUUCCUGAUCUGCGCUCUGAACUGCGGCGCACACUGCUUGAUGAGGCAAAGGAAGCGGUUCUAAAAGCGUGUUGUCGUAAAUUGUACAACUGGAUCCGCGUCGCACCUUACAAAGUGGACUUUGCCGACGAAGAAGACGACGAGUGGGACACGUCGCGCGGUAUCCGCGUGAUGGCUGUGGCAUACGUACCAGACUACUCGCAGUCAGCGUUCACGUGCAUAGCCAAUCAUGAUGGUGAGAUUUCCGAAUACUUGCGCUUGCCACACUUACUCAAGCGGAAAAAUUCGUAUCGUGACGACGAGAAACGCCUCAAGGAAUCGGAUCUGGCGGCACUGCGUAAUUUCAUUUAUACUAAGAAACCGCAGGUGAUUGCAGUGGGCGGCGAAUCGCGAGAAGCGCAAAUGAUUGUCGAGGAUCUCAAAGGUAUCAUCGCCGAUCUUGUCGACAACGAGCAGUUCCCUUCGAUCGCCGUGGAGAUAAUCGACAAUGAGCUAGCUAAAGUAUACAGCAAUUCGCGUAAGAGCGAGACCGACUUUCGCGAAUUUCCCGAGUUGUUGCGGCAGGCGAUCUCACUGGCGCGCCGCAUGCAGGAUCCUCUCGUUGAAUUUUCGCAAUUGUGCACUUCCGAUGAAGAGCUGCUUAGCUUGCGCUACCACCCACUGCAGGAGCAGGUUGCAAAGGAAGAAUUGCUUGAGAAUUUGUAUCUGGAGUUUGUCAACCGCACUAAUGAGGUCGGCGUUGAUGUCAAUCUAGCGGUGCAACAAGCACAUAAAAGCUUCCUUGUGCAGUUCAUAUGUGGGCUGGGACCGCGUAAAGGUCAGGCAUUGAUGCGCGUGCUGAAGCAGACUAAUCAACGCCUUGAAAAUCGUACACAAUUGGUAACCGCCUGCCACAUGGGCCCGAAAGUAUUCAUCAACUGUUCUGGUUUUGUUAAAAUCGACACCAAUAGUUUGGGCGAUAGUACUGAGGCGUACGUUGAGAUUCUCGACGGUUCUCGCGUGCAUCCCGAGACAUACGAGUGGGCCCGCAAGAUGGCUGUAGACGCAUUGGAGUACGAUGACGACGAGGGAGCCAACCCUGCUGGAGCCCUGGAGGAAAUUCUAGAAACGCCUGAGCGUCUCAAGGAUCUUGAUCUGGACGCGUUCGCUGAGGAGUUGGAGCGACAGGGCUUUGGCAACAAAAGUAUCACGCUCUACGAUAUCCGCGCAGAGCUGAAUUGCCGCUAUAAAGAUCUCCGCACGCCGUUUGCGAGCGCCAAUGCCGAGGAGCUCUUUGACAUUCUCACCAAAGAGUCUCCGGAGACAUUCUACGUGGGCAAGUUGAUCACCACGGUCGUGGUUGGUAUCUCGCGCCGCAAACCGCAGGGCGAUCAAUUGGACCAGGCUAACCCCGUGCGAAACGACGACACUGGCCUCUGGCAGUGCCCAUUCUGUCAUCAGAAUGAUUUCCCUGAGUUGUCCGAUGUGUGGAAUCAUUUUGAUGCGGGCUCGUGUUGUGGGCAGGCCACUGGAGUCAAGCUGCGCUUGGACAAUGGCCUAUCCGGUUAUAUUCACAUCAAGAACCUCAGUGACAAACACGUCGCCAUUCCAGAGGAGCGUGUCAGCGCGGGCCAGCUCAUUCAUUGUCGUAUACUCAAGAUAGACGUGGAGCGCUUUUCCGUUGACUGCACUUCUAAGUCAAGCGAUCUGACAGACAAAAAGAACGAGUUUCGUCCCGCCAAGGAUCCUUACUAUGAUCACGAGUUAGAGGAGCGCGACAUGCGGCUGGAACUGAACAAGAAGCUCGCAAAGCAGAAACAGACAUACAUGAAGCGCGUCAUCAUUCACCCAUGCUUCCACAACAUUAACUUUGUCGAAGCUGAGAAACUGAUGCAGGACGCCGAUCAGGGCGAGGUGGUGAUACGUCCGUCAAGUAAGGGCGCCGAUCACCUUACCGUUACUUGGAAAGUAGUCGACAAGAUCUUCCAGCAUAUUGAUGUACGCGAGGAGGGCAAAAAGAACGCCUUUUCCAUCGGCUCGUCGCUCUGGAUCGGAAACGAAGAAUUCGAAGAUUUGGACGAAAUUAUUGCACGCCACAUCCAUCCGAUGGCGACGUAUGCACGUGAAGUAAUCAAUUACCGGUACUAUCGCGACACAGAAGGUGGACUAAAGGAUCUUGCAGAGGAGUUUCUCAAGGAUGAGCGCAAGAAAAAUGCUACUAAGAUUCACUACGUAAUCAGCGCAUCCAAGACCUAUCCUGGCAAGUUUCUGUUGUCGUAUUUGCCACGACACAAGGUGCGCCAUGAAUACAUGACGGUCACCACGGAGGGCAUCCGUUUCCGCAACCAGGUGUUCGACAGCGUGCUAAACCUAUUCAAGUGGUUCAAGGAGCAUUUCCGGGACCCUAUUCCCGGUGGUCAGACACCUGGCACACCACGUGGACAUGCCGCUCGCUCAUCGUACGCUGGUAAUACCACACCCGGAGGUUAUGGCGGCGUGCAUCCAGAUGCAAUUCACCGCGUGGCACAGAAUCUGCCCUCGCAUAUGAUGCAAACCCUGUCGGCCGUAGCCACGCAGACUCCGCACUAUCCUCAAACGCCCGGCGCUUAUGCAGCCAAUAAUUACGUUAACACUCCUUACACACCAAGUGGACAGACACCGUACAUGACACCGUACCAAACGCCACAGCAGACACCUCGCUACGGUCAGCAAACGCCGUCGCAACAUAUUCCUAGUACUGCACCACACAUGAACGGUCCCUUCUUGCAUCCGGGCGCCGUCACUCCAGCGCAGCGCAGUUCGUCGUAUCGUAACGUGCCGCCGCAAUCGCCCCUCGUCAACUCCAGCCCGCAUCCAAGCCCACGCGCCAGCUAUGAUCACCACCACCACAGCAAGGGAGCGCCGCCUGAUUCACCGCGUAGUUAUUCAGGCAAUGGUAGCCGACGUGGUUACGGCACGCACAACGAACCCACCGACUGGCAGAAGGCGGCCGAGGCAUGGGCAACGCGUAGAAGCAGCGUACCCCGUGGCAGCGCCAGCGGCAGCAGCACCCCGCGUUCACAGGGCCAUCGCACGCCGCGUUUCGAGGAUAUUCGCAGUGACCUGGAGCGCACACGCAUGAAGAACGUUAGUAAGAGCCCUCGGUCUGCGCGCAGCACACCGCGCACGAACACCUCGCCGCACUCCAUGUCGCUCGGCGAUGCCACCCCUCUGUAUGAUGAGAGCAUUUAAAUUUUAGUUAGAAAAUUAGUCAGUACACUUUCUUUGAAUUAA